CCUAUCCCCAGGGUCCUCUGCUUCGUCUCCCAAGUCGCACUCCUUCCAACCACGACUACUUAAUUUUAGACUUUUUUAGUGCGAUUUUCCUUUUAAAAAUAAAUAGUUAGGGAGAGAAAAUUUUAAUCUAUAGUAUUCCCUCCCACGUCUAAUUCUCGAUUUCCUCUCCUUCCUUUAUUUUCUCCGUAGCCCUAUCAAGUUGUCUCUUUCUUUGUUUCUUUUUUUUUUUCUCUGAAAAUCUUUCCGUCUUUCUCUCUCUUUUCUUCUCCCGAGUUCUUCUUCUUCUUCUUCUUCUUCUUCUUCUUUGCUGCUCAUUCACUCUAUCUUCUCUCUCUCUCUCUCUCUGGCCAAGCCUCAAGUCCCGACUCUCGUGUCGACUGGCUGGCAGUCUUGCAAAAUUGGAGGAGACAGGGAAAGGGGAAUGGAGAGGGUGAACUAUAAAUUAUCCAGUACCAAAAUACGAUUGAGAUUUCUGGGAGGAAGGGAAAAGUGAAGAGCCAGCUUCCCUUGCUUCGAAUUGAGUUGACAGAGGGAGAGAGGAUCUCACGCUUGUACAGUGUAAACGCAAACAAACACAUAGAUAAGCUAGUAGAGGUUUGACCGAUCGAUCAUCCUUUCUCUGGUAUGGUCUCUGACAGAAGGAUAACAGAAAAAAAAGGAGAAGAUCAAUCACCCUAACUCCUUCACCCGCAGACGAAGACGACGAUAGAGGCACAGGUAGAGCGAUAUGUGCAAUCAUACCCCCUUUCUGACUGUGGAGUGCGGUGGCCGGUGAGCGGUGAGCGGUGAGCGGUGAGCCUAGAGACACGGUACCGCAUAUGAGAAGAUUUAUUACACAGACUCUCCUUAUCCGAUUUCGUAUAUUGGUAUCCAUGAAUGAACUGGCCCCUGGUCGUCAAUCACCGUAACUUUCCACCAAAAGAGGGGGGGCUUUGCCAAUCUUCAGAAAUGUGGGGAGAUAACCCCUUUCCUGUGGCUCCUGCACACGGCGAAGCCAUGCUUACGAUCACCUUCGAAUUGCCGCCCUAGUUGCGUUGCACGAUAUUCAGCCUCAUUCCAAGGGCAAGACCACUACUUCCAACUAAUUAAGGCUAAUUAAGACGCUUCUUCGAUCCCUAAUGGAAGGGUCGGCCGGGUUUUGGUGGACGACGGCAGGAGAUAGGAAAGGACAUGAUUUAUUGUUUAAGAUGGAGUUGUUGUGCCUUGUCAUUCUCCUCCUGUCCACGACGACCUCUCCUCACUACAUGGCCAGAGAAUUGUCUUCUUCCCCUUCUACUAGUUCAAAAUUUUCAAAGCCACAGCUCAAAGACAAGGACGACGAGGUCGCGGCCUUGAUAUCCUUCCGGAACUUGUCUGUCCACGCUGAUCCCAAUGGCUUCUUGACGAAUUGGACUCCUAAUUCUCCCGAUCCUUGCUCCUGGAAAGGUCUCAGCUGCUCUCCCGACGGACACGUUUCCGCACUCGAUCUCACCAAUGCCGGACUCAGCGGAUUCCUUCGCCUCGACUUUCUCUCGCGUCUGCAGCAUCUCCAACAUCUCAUCUUACGCGGUAAUCUCUUCUACGGUGAUCUAUCGACUGCUGCCGGAAUUGCUGCUUCGGUGCGCUGCAACUUGGUGACCCUUGACUUGUCUACCAAUAACUUCUCCGACACCAUCUCUGAAGAAUUCCUGUUGCACUGUGACAGUGUCAUUUCUCUCAAUCUCUCCCGCAAUUCUAUUCCUGGGGCGGCUUUCACCUUUGGUGCUUCUCUCCGAGAGCUCGACAUCUCCCGCAAUCGGAUUUCGGAUCGCCGGCUCCUGAACCACUCGCUUCUAAAUUGUGGGGCUUUGAGCCUCCUUAACUUUUCAGACAACAAGCUCCCCGGGGAUUUGGGUGAUGGCAUCUCAUCUUGCAGUAAUCUCUCCACACUCGAUCUCUCGUACAAUCUUCUGUCUGGCAACAUUCGGGCGGCUUUUGUCGCUCAAUCGCCUGCGUCUCUAAAGCACCUGGACCUCUCCCACAACAACUUAUCUGGCGAAUUCUCCCUACUCGAGUUCGGCAGUUGCGGCAACCUCACCGUGCUCGACCUCUCCCACAACAUUCUUUCAGGGAUUGGACUCCCCGCCAGUUUGCCCAACUGCCAGCUGCUUCAGAAACUUGACCUCUCCCAUAACCUACUCCAGGACGUGAUUCCCUCGGUCCUGGGCAGCUUCAGGAAUUUGCAGCAUCUGUUGCUGGCCCAAAAUAACUUCUCAGGUGAGAUCCCGCCAGAAAUCGGUCAGAGCUGUGGGACUCUCCUAGAGCUCGAUCUCUCUGGGAACAGACUUUCUGGGGGUUUACCUUCCACGUUUGUACCGUGCUCUUCGCUUCAGAUCCUCAACCUCGGCAACAACCAGCUUUCGGGUGAUUUCGUCAAUACCGUCGUCAGUACUCUGCCAUCUCUGAAGCACCUUUUGCUUCCUUUCAACAACUUAACCGGUUCCCUACCUUUGUCUAUAAAGAACUGUUCUCAGCUUGAAUUGCUCGAUCUUAGUUCCAACGGCUUUACUGGUGGCAUCUCAUUCCCAUCUGGGUUCUGUUCCUCUCUCUCUUCUCUACAUAAAAUCCUCUUAGCCGGCAAUUUUCUGUCGGGAACGGUGCCUCCGGAGCUCGGGAACUGCAAGCAACUGAGGACGAUCGAUUUUAGCUUCAACAACCUUAAUGGUUCGAUUCCCUCAGAAGUCUGGGAGCUACCCAACCUUUCAGACUUGGUCAUUUGGGCAAACAACCUCAGCGGGGAAAUCCCAGAGGGCAUCUGUGAGAAUGGUGGAAACUUAGAGACACUGAUUCUCAACAACAAUCUUAUCGCGGGGACCAUCCCUCUGUCGCUGACCAAGUGUAUUAAACUCAUCUGGGUCUCUCUCUCUAGCAACCGCCUCACUGGGGUGAUACCUGCUGGUGUAGGGAACCUCAAGAAUCUUGCUAUUCUGCAACUGGGGAAUAACUUGCUCACAGGAGAGGUACCGCGGGAGCUUGGUAACUGCGGGAGCCUCAUAUGGCUGGAUUUGAACAGUAAUAGCCUAACUGGCUCCAUACCACAGGAACUUGCCAGCCAAGCUGGGCUGAUUAUGCCUGGACUCGUUUCUGGAAAGCAGUUCGCAUUCAUCAGGAAUGAGGGAGGUACAGCCUGCAGAGGUGCUGGGGGACUAGUUGAAUUUCAAGGGAUCCGAACAGAGAGGCUGGCGAAUUUUCCAAUGGUUCAUUCUUGCCCAUCCACUAGAAUCUACACUGGUAUGACGGUCUACUCAUUUUCAGGUAAUGGCAGCAUGAUCUAUAUGGAUCUGUCGUACAAUUCGUUGUCUGGAACAAUCCCAGAUGACCUGGGUUUCAUGUAUUAUCUCCAGGUCCUAAAUUUGGGACACAACAGACUGACAGGAACCAUCCCCGAUAGCUUGGGAGGUCUUAAACAGGUUGGAGUUCUUGAUCUGUCUCACAAUGAUCUUCAAGGUUUUGUACCAGGGUCAUUAGGUAGUCUUUCUUUUCUCAGUGAUCUCGAUGUGUCGAACAACAACCUCACGGGUCCAAUUCCUUUGUCAGGACAGCUGACCACAUUCCCAGCAUCCAGAUAUGAAAAUAAUUCUGGCCUAUGUGGGCUCCCCUUGCCCCCUUGUGGGUCUGGUGGUGCAGCCCGUCAGAUGAAUUAUAAUCGGCAAGGAAAGAAACAGUCCAUGGCAGCAGGAGUGAUCAUUGGCAUUGUUAUUUCCCUAUUCUGUAUCCUUGGACUUUCGUUGGCUCUGUUAAAGAUGAAGAAGUACCAUCGCAGGGAGGAUCCGGGAGACAAAUACAUUGACAGCCUUCCAACUUCUGGUAGCAGCAGCUGGAAACUAUCUGGGGUUCCAGAGCCUCUGAGCAUCAAUAUUGCUACAUUUGAGAAACCUCUGAGAAAGCUGACCUUUGCUCAUCUUCUUGAGGCCACUAAUGGUUUCAGCGCUGACAGCUUGAUAGGGUCUGGUGGGUUUGGUGAGGUCUACAAGGCCCGGUUGAAAGAUGGCUCUGUCGUUGCAAUCAAGAAGCUGAUUCGUGUGACCGGUCAGGGAGACAGGGAAUUUACUGCCGAAAUGGAAACAAUUGGUAAGAUCAAGCACAGAAACCUUGUCCCUUUAUUGGGCUACUGCAAGAUUGGAGAUGAGAGGCUUCUUGUGUACGAGUACAUGAAAUGGGGAAGCUUGGAGAUGGUUCUUCAUGACAAGGCCAAGGGAGGGGCAUCAAAGCUUGGUUGGGUAGCAAGAAAGAAGAUUGCCAUUGGUUCAGCAAGAGGGCUUGCAUUCCUUCACCAUAGCUGCAUUCCUCACAUAAUCCACAGGGACAUGAAGUCUAGCAAUGUUCUACUUGAUGAAAAUUUAGAAGCCCGAGUGUCGGAUUUUGGCAUGGCAAGGCUGAUGAGUGCCCUUGACACUCAUCUCAGCGUGAGCACCCUUGCUGGCACACCAGGUUAUGUUCCACCAGAGUACUACCAGAGUUUCAGGUGCACUACCAAAGGGGAUGUGUACAGCUAUGGUGUCAUACUUCUGGAGCUUAUAUCUGGCAGAAGACCAAUUGAUCCAUCAGAAUUUGGUGAUGACAACAACCUGGUGGGGUGGGCAAAACAGCUGCAGAGAGAGAAGAGGAGUAGUGACAUAGUUGACACUGUGCUCUUGGAACAGAUGUCCAACGAGGCUGAAAUCUAUCAGUGUCUUAAGAUUGCUUUCGAGUGUCUGGAUGAUCGGCCAUUCCGGCGUCCAACUAUGAUUCAGGUGAUGGCAAUGUUCAAAGAGCUUCAGAAUGAUUCUGAAAGUGAUAUCCUUGAUGGUUUCUCUCUAAAAGAUACAGUUAUUGAUGAAUGAAGGGGAGAGAGAGCGCUUCAGAAGAUGACAUUCAAACUUGACUUAAAAGUCACAUGUUUUAAUAUCUUCUUUUCUUCUCUUGCCACACUGCACAUGGAGGAGAUUUGAAAAGUGCGCUUUGAGCGAACCUCCUCUACCGGUGUAGGGGAUUUGUCCCUGCACUUUUCUUACUGUAAAAUAGUACAUAAAAUUGAUAGAAAAAGUUGAGAGGACAUGUAUCUACAGAGGAUUACUAAAAUAGAAGUAAAAGAUGGAUCUCUGAUUCCAUUGGUCUUAAUAGUUUCCCCUUCAUUUUUUGGGUGUUAUAAAUAGUGUUGUUUUUUGGUUACUGUAACACAAUUUUCUGACUGUUACUCCCACUGAUUGUUGAUAGGAAUUUGAGGACUAUUUUUUAGUUGGCAUUCCCUAUAUCAUUAUUUUUCAACUUGCUUCAAUUGCUCAUCCUUAUAUUUUUCAGUUGGCAUUCAUUCUUCAAUAUCAUUUCAGAUGUGCUCUAUGUCAGGUUUUUGGGUUGAGGAUUGCUGGCUAAGAUAUUUUUUCUCUGUUUGCCGAGAUACUGUGGACACAGAAUUGGGUUUUAACUUCUGGAGCUGCGGAAGAUGUUUAUUCUGAGCUGUUUGAUAUCUGAGUUUUUGUAUAUGGAUGCUUUUCUGUGAAUAGUAUUUUUGGGUUUUAUACUUGUAUCAGCAGAUGUGCAAGAUUUGUAAAGUUUGAUGACAGCUUUAGAUUUUUUUUUUUUUUUUGGGUAACCAUUUAAUAAGGUUCUUCUAUUUUUCAUGGGAAAACAUUCCCAAGAACUCCAUUACCCCACGAUCAUUGGCAGAACCAUUGGGGUGCCACUUGCCCUAUUGCCUGGCAUAACUGGAUUCGGGGAAAUGCUAACUCCACGCUCAUUCAUGGAGCAUGGGACCACUCGCACAGCAGGAAGGCCACGCGGUGGAUACUUUCGUCAUCUUGACAACUGUGAGUCUGACAUCGACUAUCAAAUGGGCUAAAAAGGUAGAGCUGGAAGAAAAAAAAUUAAUGAAAACAAAAUCACUCUUUCCCUCCCAUUCUUUUGACGUCCCACCCUAUCUAACCCUUUUAUUUCUUAAAUUGUUUUACAGUGUACUGUCAAGAACAAUCCUACUCACAAACUCAUCCGUGUCCUUAGAAUGAACUCAGGAACUCAGCCAUGCCCAGGUGAUUGAUCCUGGGAACAAUGGAACGAUCUGACUGAGGAACUCAGCCAAAGCCAGGUGGAUACAGAAUGAUGUACAAGCAAGUGGUGAGGAUGAAGUAGAUGUGGAGUUUCCAAGUAUGGUUUUGGUUUCAUUCAUGGCGACAAAAUUGCAGAGCCUUAUGUGGGAAUGGAAUUUGAAUUGAACGAAGAAUGAUAUUCAUUAUAUAGCAAGUAUGCUUAGUUUGCAGGAUUUGAUGAUAUGAAGAAAAAAACAGCCAGCCGUCGUUCUAGGUGCAGUGCAGAGUUUACUGAUGCAAAUUUUGGUUGCUCAUAUGGAUGGUGGGUGUUACAUGAAAGAGCGCAACCAUGAUCUUUCCAAGCAAAGCCAUGCAAAUGUGGCUGAGAGCAAUGGGUGGCCGGGUCGUAGCUCCUCAACCAAUUCUACCUGAUCAAGAUGAAUUCAUGAAAGCGCUUUUGCAGAGGUCUUUCCCAAUGCAUGUUAUCGAUACUGUUUGUGACAUUUUUUAAGAAAGAUCCCUGGGAGAAGUUUGGCAAUCUAAUCUAGAUGCUUCCGAAUUGGAAGUGUUCAAUAAUUGCAACCAUAGAUCAUGGACACAGGAAGAAUCUGAGUUUAAUGGUGGAAGAUGAUAUAUAUAUAUAUAUAUAUUUAUAUGACCUUAGAGAUGAUUAGCUUGGGUCAUUAUGAAUAUCAAAGUGACACUAGAAGACGUACGGAUGCAGAUUUUGCUACAUGGCAAGGAGUAGCAGCAUUGAGAUGCCAUUCAUUGUAUGAGAAACAAAUGUCAACAAUAUAUGUGUGAAUUCUUGCAUGCCAUCCAUCAAAGGAUAAAGAAGAUGGGCCGACCUCAUUAUUUAGGGUCCAAGAUCUUGAAGCACGGGAAGAAUUUAUAGUGGCAUGGGGACAAAAAAAAAAAAAAAACAGAUCGAGAUGUCCCGUUUGUGUUGUUUGUUUGAAUUUAAAGGCUUCCAUUGCAAUGGUUGUACUCCAAUUUGCAGUUGUUC